CGGAAUCAGUGCAACCUGCCCGAGGGGAGCUUCGGAACACGGCGAUGGGAGCUUGAGUGCCAUCUCACUCGCCGGAGUCGCCCUCUCAGCUCGGCCCCGUCCCACUCGCGGUCAGUCAGUCGUUGUCUGUCUGAUAGAUGAUAUGUAGCCUCCGUUAGAUUCCCGAGACGUCUUCGUGUUCUUCCUAUCCUACUACUCUUCUGUAUUCCUCGUUUCAACUUUUUGUUGUUCAAACACACCAUCGGUAGCAUCAACAUCUCGACGACACCACAACGACCACCACUAUCAUAGCAAACCAGAAAACCAUAUCAACACGUACCUCGUCGAUUAUACCGAAUAACACCAUCACCGCCACUACCAACACAAGACUGCUCAUCAUGUCUUCUCUACCACCCAACGUCCACGUUUCCACGCAUCCCUGCCUCCUCGCCAAGCUAUCGCAGCUGCGCUCCAAGACCACCAGCGCGCGAGAUGUCAAGACCUUGAUCCACGAGAUUUCUUUGCUCUUGGGCUCAGAAGCUCUCGCAAAGGCCAUGACCACGGCUCCCGGUCCCCAGGCGGAAACGCCCCUCGGGUUUACUUAUGAGACUACUACGGCAACGCCGGGGAAUAUCUCGUUGAUCCCGAUUUUGAGGAGUGGAUUGGGAAUGGUGGAGGCAAUCCAAACCAUCCUCCCCCAACCCGUCCCAGUACACCACCUCGGCCUCUUCCGCGAUCCCAUCACCUUGGCCCCCGUCGAGUACUACAACAACCUGCCUAAUCACCUCGUCUCCCCCACCCAGGAAACUGCCUCCGACCUAGCCAUCAUCCUCGACCCCAUCAUCGCCACCGGCGGCACCUGCGCGGCCGCCAUCCAGACGUUGAUCGAAUGGGGCGCGAAGCGCGUCAUUGUUCUUUCCGUGCUCGGCGCCGCCGAAGGUGUGAAGAAGGUAGCCGAGGAGUGGCCCGAGGGAACCGAGAUCUGGCUGGCCGGUGUGGACCAGGAACUUACAAAGGGGGGUAUGUUGAAGCCGGGAUUGGGAGAUGUGGGGGAUCGCUUGUUUUUGACAAUUGGCAAGUAAAUGAUGAGGGGAGGGGAGAGGAAAUGGGAGUUAGAUUUAUUUAGUAUUUGGAUAUACAAUUGAACACCGUUAUAUGCA